GUCAAACUCUUCAGGUCCACACAAUGGCAAGAGUACAUAUGGCAACAUAUUCACACCAGAGCAUCCCCCUAUAAUCUCCUUGUCUUCUGCUAGAAGUGCCCUGUGAGCAUCCUUCACAAACGUGGAGUUCCUUACUUGGCGUCAGUAUAAGGCGAACAAAAAUAGACUAUGCCUACUUGAUUGUAGAAGCAACGCCAUGUCUUCUAAUGUUAUUUGGGUGUUCAGUGAAUGCAGUGAGCUUAGCCAAUGGAUACUCCUUAUCUGAAGUUUGGUUUGCCAAUGCUUCAAAUGAUGGUGAAGGUGACGUAAAGUACUCUCUGCCAGGUUGAGUGGUUGUGAUAUUAGCAAAUACAGAUCCCAAGAAGUGACAGUUGGAUUUACGCUUAGCUUGGGCUUCCGCACUCUCUACAGCUGUCUCUGGCUUGUUCGCACCCUGAACAAAAGCUUCAACAAGGCAAGGGACCGCCCUAAAAGAAGUUUGCUGGCCUUCAAUCUGCACAGUUGAAGACUCAGAUUUUGAUGCUAUAAAUGAAGGUUCUCCGUUGUUCAAACUGACUGGGAUUUGUUGAGAACAGAUAGUGUGGAUUACAUUAGGGAGCUUGCUGAGGUUAGAUAGAAGCAUACAAGCUAAAUCAGCAAGCAAUGCAGUUGGGUUGGCUAUAUAACUCGUCAAGAAAACCAUAAAGUCGUUCGUUACGAUAGCAUUCGAUGUCAGAACAGAGUCAGAAAUGUUGACUAAGAUAGAGAAAGCAUCAUGCGCAAUAGCCUGUAUGUCCCUACAGGAAAGUUUGACUUCCUGGAUUGAUUGGUUAUCGAAGAGUUGCUUUUGGGUGGUAGAGAAACCAGCCAAAUUCUGUAUUGCAAUUUGUCUUAUAGUUGGGUUCUCAUUCCUUAAGAACGUGACUAGUUCUUUGAAUUCAGACAUCUUUAAAGCUUCACCGUGGUAGUGAAGAAUGCAGGUUAGACCAGAUCAACAACUAUCAAAAAAUGUUACUUAAAACGCUCUUAUUAGCCGCUAUUUCAGGCGUGUCCCUCGCUGCCGUCAACGAUGGCAGUUUGGCUAUCGUAAAGGCUGAUUUUGAAGCUGCUGGUUUAAUUGGCGAUGAAUUCCAAUCAGAAGACUUUGACAACCUCGAGGGUCUUUUCUAUGUCAAAUUCAACGGUCAAGACGAGCCAAUCACACAAGGACAACGCUUGGAACAAGAUGCCGUUCAAGAGAAGCCUGAGUUCAGAUACGUCCCUAAGGAGGGUAUCGAUACUGCGGGUCUCUACACUAUCGCACUUAUCGAUGCUGAUUACAACGGCGCUGAUCAAUCUGAAGGUCAAACACGUCACUUCCUCGAGAACGACAUCACUACCGGCGGUGGGGACCCUAACUCUGACCGCGGUAUUGCGCUCAAGGAUGAAGAAUCCGGUAUAAUUAUCACCAGCUAUGCAGGUCCUGGCCCAGCUGAAGGAUCUGGUCCUCACAGAUACCAAUUCCUCUUGCUCAAGCAACCAGAGGACUUCCAAGCACCAGAAGGUUUGGAUAGCGAGAACACACCACUCGGCAAGAUGAACAUUGCUGACUACAUCGACUCAACUAACAGCCAAAUCGCUGCUGCGACAUACUUCAUUGUCGAAGUCGGAGAAAGCACCGUCGAUGCUAAGCCAACCUCAACUGUAAACUCAUCUUCUGUAUCAGCUACACCAAGCUCUACCGCUGGUGCAAGCGAUGGUUCAGAUGGUUCAGACAGCGGUGACGGUUCAAGCAGCGAUGAUACUGCAGACGAUGACUCAAGCACCACGAAAGCAACUGUCUCUAUGGCCGUAUUAGCAUUAAUUGGCACUGCCUUUGUAUUUAUUUAAUUUUAAUUAAUUUUUAAUACGU